GUGAACCCCAACGUGGUCAAUUCCGCAGCGCCAUCGUCACCCUCCGUCGGGUUGCAAGCCGCCACCGCGAGCCUUUUCGUUUUGGUCGAGCACCACCAGCAAGUCUUGGCUCUCCUACGGCACCUCCGCGAUUGUUUUCCAGCAUCCCUAGCGAGCCGGAGCAGCCCCGCAGGACUACGUACACGCCACCCCCCCGAGCUGUUGAUGUUGAGCCCGACGAGCGUGCUCCCGGCCUCCGAACAGCCCGUCUCGGCAAUCAUUUUGAUAGUCGUCUCGUACUAAUUCCGAGAACAGUACAGGAGCUCGAUUACCCUCUCGUUUAUAUAUGUGUUUCGAGCUUUGAAGUUAUUUCGCUAUUUUAUGUAGGGAUUUUAUUGAUUAAUGUGAAAUCGUGUGAAAUUGUGCGAGAUCCUAUCAAAUAUGUAUUAGGACUGUGGAUUUUGGAACUAUGUCGAGUCCUUGGCCUCAUGGCGAAGGCCUCGGACGAAUUGGGUGU